GAUCUUGAUAGGCCAGUAGAAUAUGAAUAUUUUGUAACUAAAAUAUUAUAUAGUUUUAAUAGUCAGUGGCAUAUUCGUGACCUUACUAAAAGGCACAGAGCUCCUUAUGAAUAUAUACCUAUUCCACUAUUACCACCACGACCAAUACCUAUUAAAAAG